GCGCCCUCACGUACACACACACACGCACGCACACACAAGCCGGACAGCAUCCUUGUGGACCCCUAAUGCCGACCUCAGGGCCCUGACGCGUCCGGGCCCUGCCCAGCGGCUGGCUCGGCGGCGCGCACACACGCGCACACGGGCCCACGCGCGCCCUCCCAGCUCGGCUGCUCGGCUCCCCAGCUCCCCGGCUCCCCGCCCCGGCCGCGGCGGUCGCUGUGCGGCGGGCGCUGUGCGGCGCGGCGGGACCGGGCGGGGGCGGCGGCCGGGAGCGCGGAGGAGGCGGAGCAGGAGCCGGGAACCGGCUGGCUCGCGCCCCUCCUGCCGGCCGGGGAUUUUCCAGCCUGGGCGCUGACGCCGCGGACCUCCCUGCGGCCGCCGCGGACCAUGGGCGACAAAGGGACGCGGGUGUUCAAGAAGGCGAGCCCCAAUGGAAAGCUCACCGUCUAUCUGGGAAAGCGGGACUUUGUGGACCACAUCGACCUCGUGGACCCCGUGGAUGGUGUGGUCCUGGUGGAUCCUGAGUAUCUCAAGGAGAGGAGAGUCUAUGUGACACUGACCUGCGCCUUCCGCUACGGCCGGGAGGACCUGGAUGUCCUGGGCCUGACCUUUCGCAAGGACCUGUUUGUGGCCAACGUGCAGUCCUUCCCGCCAGCCCCUGAGGACAAGAAGCCCCUGACUCGGCUGCAGGAGCGCCUCAUCAAGAAGCUGGGCGAGCACGCCUACCCUUUCACCUUUGAGAUCCCUCCGAACCUCCCAUGCUCUGUGACGUUGCAGCCGGGGCCUGAAGACACAGGGAAGGCCUGCGGUGUGGACUAUGAAGUGAAAGCCUUCUGCGCCGAGAACCUGGAGGAGAAGAUCCACAAGCGGAAUUCUGUGCGCCUGGUCAUCAGGAAGGUGCAAUACGCCCCGGAGAGGCCCGGCCCCCAGCCCACAGCCGAGACCACCAGGCAGUUCCUCAUGUCGGAUAAGCCCUUGCAUCUGGAGGCCUCCCUGGAUAAGGAGAUCUACUACCAUGGAGAACCCAUCAGUGUCAACGUCCAUGUCACCAACAACACCAACAAGACAGUGAAGAAGAUCAAGAUCUCGGUGCGCCAAUAUGCAGACAUCUGCCUUUUCAACACAGCGCAGUACAAGUGCCCCGUGGCCAUGGAAGAGGCUGAUGACACAGUGGCGCCCAGCUCGACAUUCUGCAAGGUCUACACGCUGACCCCCUUCCUGGCCAACAACCGAGAGAAGCGGGGCCUCGCCCUGGACGGGAAGCUCAAACAUGAGGACACGAACCUGGCCUCCAGCACCCUGUUGAGGGAAGGAGCCAACCGGGAGAUCCUGGGCAUCAUUGUUUCCUACAAAGUGAAGGUGAAGCUGGUGGUGUCUCGGGGCGGCCUGCUGGGAGAUCUUGCAUCCAGUGACGUGGCUGUGGAGCUGCCCUUCACCCUAAUGCACCCCAAGCCCAAAGAGGAACCCCCGCAUCGGGAAGUUCCAGAGAAUGAGGCUCCAGUGGAUACCAAUCUCAUAGAACUUGACACCACCGAUGACGACAUUGUGUUUGAGGACUUUGCUCGCCAGAGACUGAAAGGCAUGAAGGAUGACAAAGAGGAAGAGGAGGAUGGUACCGGCUCUCCACAGCUCAACGACAGAUAGACUGGGGCCGGCCCUCCCUCCGGGCAGCUCCAGGUCCACUCUCAUGCACUAGGAUGCUUGUUUGUCUUCUUCCUGCCCUGGUUCCCCCUCCCCUUUGUUCUUCCAGCUUCUACCGGGGGCCCCAGUGGUCUUUCAGGUCACGGUGGUGAACCUCUGGCCUCAGGAUUGGCCCCGUCACCAUGCCGACAGGGCCACGUGCACCACCUUCACCACUCUCGCUGCAGUCACCUCUCCAUCCCUCCCUCUUUUCCUGUUGACCCCCAGAAAGGCCAACAUGGCUCUGGUCUUGGAAUUUGACUUGGGAUGGGAGCAGAAAGGGGAAGAUGGGGCACAAGGGCUUGGAGGGGUGGGGAAGGGGGCUCAAGACACAUGAGAGGAUGUCCACUGUCCCUGGUGAUUAACACAGUUUUGGCAGCUACAACAUGACCGAAUCGAAGGCCAACCUCUGGCUGGGAGGGGCAGACCGGUGGAUAGAUUCUCCAUGCAGUUCUUUUCGCAGUUUGGACCCACCAAACACCUCUCCCCUUCCUCCCCCAUCCCCCCCAUGCCCCUCUGUGACUGACAGUGACAUUAGUGAAGGUUUGUGGACCCCAGGAAUGGAGCAAAGUAGCUGGACUGACUUUCUUACCAGCAGUUACCUAGUCUAAGGCAAGUUGUGUGAAGUAGCCCAAGCCUAUUUCAGUAUCAUCAGGAUGUAAUAUCUUAACUGCCUUGUAUCUUGUGUGUGUGUCCUAUCUACAAAUAUGCACAGAGAAAGAGAGAGAGAAGGGAGGGGUCUUCAGAAAGCACCAAGGUCCUGAGGAGGUUUCCUGAAGGGUGACUCUGAGAGAUGGGGGCGGGGUGGGAAGAUGAGAGUCUGCCCAGCUCCCUUCCUUUGUAGACCUAAGAGGGAUCAGUGAUCCCAUGGGAAGUGAGGGCCACCAGUGUCCUCCUGCCCUGCAGUUCUCCAGGGCCGGGCUGGGCUGCCCCUGCAGGCUAGGAGAGAGCACCUGAGGUCACUGUGCCCACAGUCAAAGAGGAUCCUUCCCCAGAAGGUGGCAGGGUCCAUCAGGAUGCCCUCAGCUAAAAGGAAGGGGGGGACUCCUUUGUUUCCUUGGGGAGUUGAUGGACCCCCCCCCCAGUAGUUCCCAGUGUCAUGGGUACCCAGUACCCAUUGGCUAGUGUUGGUGUGAUUGGGACAUGGGGCAUUUCCAGGGCAACAGGGCAGGCAGACAAUGAGGCAGAAAGUGUUAAAAGGUAUCUGUUUUUGUCUGACCUUUGCUGCUCACUUACUGUGUGACCUUGGGCAAGUUCCUUUCCAUCUCUGGGCCUCAGUUCUUCACCUAGAAAACCAAGGGGUUUGACCAGAUGAUCACAAAGGGCCCUCCCAGCUCUGCCUCCAAGAAUUCGUGAACAUUAGAGCUUCUGGUCUGGUGGGUGGAGCCAGAGCCACUGACUCUGAUCUGUCUGCCACCAGCGAGGAUUCAUUGGACCCCAGAGGUGGCAGGGCCAUGGAGAGCACCUAGCAUCAGCACCCCACACCCACUCCAGGCCUGAGAAAGGCCCUUCUUGGGCUCCUGAGGGGUUGCGUGAUGUCAAGCUGUGGCCAUAGCUAGCAUGAACUGCUUGGCCUUAGGGCCCGAGUGUUACAGAAGGACAGAGCUUGUAUUUGCUGAGGUGGGUGGGGGAAGAGCUUGUGAUAAGCCCGCCAGUACUUCACACCCCCUUUGAAUGUCCUGAAGUUUACCUUAUUCCCAAGCAAAUAUAUUGAUUAGCAGGGCAAGGGGAUCUCUUGCUCCUUUCUAUCCCUGUCCCAUACUUGUGAAAAGGGAGACGGCAAAAUUUUAUUGUACAAGUUGCAUCUCAACCCUUUUCAGUCCAGCCCCUCCUGGGGUGGACUGAGCAACCAUUUUCCAUGGUGAAAUUACCCAGUUCACAUGCCUGGCACUGUACCCCAGCCCUUCCCUUCUGAAUCUCAUGAAGACUCGACCCUAGGGACCCCUACUCCAGGUCAGAACCGAGUCAGCUUGGGGCAGUCACACUCCCAUGGCCAGUUCUGGAGUCCCAGCUGCAUCCAGCCCCUCCCAGAACUUGCUGGGCAGUCUGUACCUCAUUUGGGCAGCUGGAGAGUUAAUGAAUUGUUGGAACAAUGCAUGGCAAGCAUAUGCUCUUCAGGGUUGUCUUCUGGAACCUUUGGGGCUGGUAUAAGACCCUUUAGGAUUUGGGGUGAUCACUUGCCUACAAAUAGACCUCUUCCCCCAUCCCUAACCCGGUCACACAAAAGCUUUGUCAGGCUGGUUUCUUGACCUCCUUCCACCUCAAAAUCACACUCACCAUUUUGGGUUUAUCCCAGUGUUGAACUGAAAUUUCUCCAGCUGCAAGAAACAUCGUGGGCCCAUUUAGCCUUUUAUUUACUCUCUGGGCCCAGGGCUGCAGAAGGGCAGUGGUCAAGUUCAUUUGAAUUUGGCUUAACCAUCCUUGGUUGACAACCUCUCCGCUUGGUGCUGAGCACUGGAGACACAGAGUUGGGUCAGUCCCAGCCCCUGUCCUCAGGAAGCUCAUGGUCAAGGGAAAGUUUUACGGGAAGUAGUGAGGGGGCCAUUGCAUUCAGGGCUCCAUGAUUGCUGCUAGUCUGUAUAGUGCCUUGAUGUGAAUUAGAAAUGGUGUCCCUUCCAGGUGGAUUCAACCCACAUUGGAAUGCACAGCUGCUUGAGUGGUCACAGGCUGGAGUUUAGCCCCACUUGCCCCUGGGCUGGGCGCCCUCCUGCACCGUCAUGCACUGCAGCCCAGUGGGACACUCAGGCUUCUUCCUGAGAGAAAGAACAUCCAGAUCAUCUUUCCAAGUUUCUGGUUGGCUCCAGACCCCGCUCCUCCUGCAGCCCCCAAGCAUGACUGAGUUCUUCUCUGCAGGGCCCCUCUCCAUCUGGAGUCAGCCUGUCCAGGGGAACCCUUGGAGUGAAACUGGGGAUGGGGGAGCCCCACUGGGCUCCAGGCACCAGCCCACAGUACUGGCUCUCUCUGUCCACGCGUUUGGAGCCUGCGCUGACCAUGCCCCUCCACUCUGAGACUUUGCAGCGGGCCAUGCGGGUGGCAUGUAGGUAGCAGUCUGGGCAGCAAGGAAGAGCAUGGCCGGGGGUGAAAGUCUGCAGGCAGAGGGCCAGCUGGACUUCCUCAGCCUUCCAACCGAGAGAAGAGUUCAGUCCCCGUGAAGAUAAGGACAGAGUUCUUUGGCUGGACCCCCCGGGCCUCCUCAGUCUCAGAGCCCAGACAAACCGAGAGUGGGCUCACUUGGGGUCUUGGUUCAGCUGGGGGAGUUGCUGACAAGCUGGCCCCACGUGGUGCAGUGAAGAGCACCCUGGCCUGCAAGUCCACGAUGCCUCUCCGUGUUGGCUGUUACCACCCAGCUGAGGAGCUUGAGCAGCUCAUUCAACCUCUUGGGAUUGGUUUCCCUAACUGUAAAAUGAGACAGCCAUCCCUUUCCCGCCCGACUCAAGGAACUUGUGAGGCCCAGAGGAGAUGAAAGUCAGCUCUGUAAGUUGCACAUGGCUGCCCAGGCUGUGGCCCUGCCACUGCCGGGGAGUAGCCCAGGGUCACACAGGAAGUUUGCCGCUGGCUGAGCCCUCCCACCCAUCUUCAUCUCUUGCUCCCGUCUCACUUAGGCAGAGGUCAACCAGGAUGAGAUGAGGCCAGUUUGAGGGGUGACCCAGCCGAGAGGGAAAUUCAGAUACUAUUCAGGAAUGCUGUGUCUCCAGGCGGUGGUCCCAGCAACCAAGACAGAGAGACUGGACAUGGGUUGUGUCAGUGAUUGGGGGGGCGGGGGCACACCUUGGUGUCAGAGGCCAGGAAGCGUUGGAUCUGACCCCAGGUUAGGGAGAGCCUUGUCCCCCAAGCCCAGGGGUGCUAACCCCCCCACUACCCCACUAGAGAACCCCAAGGGUGAAGUGGAAUAGAAAUUGCCUGCCCCUUCCCUUCAAAGUGUAAGACCCCCUCCAGGAUCAACCGGAGCUGCCAAUUGUCACUUCUUGGUGACACUUGGGAGGGAUUUGGGUCUGGGAAAAACCCAGGCCUCUUACGCUGAGAUCUGAGCCCUGGCUGACGCAUCCCCCAUGGUUUCAGCAGCCCACAAAGGCAGCUUCCCUCCUGCCAGCGACUGGGGGCUGGAUAUCCUCCACCCAUCCCAGAGGAAGGCAUUAGGCCCCAAUCUUGAGCUCUUAUAGGGUCUCAUGGACAUAGGCCUAUACCUGUUCUGGUUUUUAAAGUCAACAAGGACCAAAAGAGACUCCCCCAGCUCUCGUGCAUAAGCCUGCAUUGGGCCUGGCAUUUUGCUUUCCUGGCCCAGGCAGCUCCAUCACUUUUGUUCUUCCAGGACUGGAAUGGCCUACCCAUGGGGCAGGAUCCCCACGUCUACCACUCUCCUGCAGGCUCACUGCACAGUGGCUUCAAAGGGAGGCCCGUUGAAGGGGGGAGCAUCCUCCCCCCAUCACUCUCUCCCAACUCUUCACCCCGAAAGGGAAGUCAAAGCACAGGUCCCCAGGACCCAUGACCCGUAGACUCUGACACACUGGUUUUCAAACCAGGUGCUGUGGAACCCCUGGGGUGCCACAGAGCUUCGUCAGGGGCUGCUAAGGUGGGAGAACGGGGGUGGAGGCAAAGGAUAGGUCUCCAGCCCUCCCCCCCACUCCCACUUCCACCAGAACAACUCUGCUUUUAUCUGUCUUGCCUAUUGAGGUUUCACCUGUAAACUUUCCUUUGAAGAAAAACUUCUUCAAACCACCAUUCUGAGGUUUGAUCUUAGACCAGCAAGCCCAGUUUCUAUUCUUGCUUUUCCUGUUGGAAUGACUCUAGCAUUCCAAUACAAAGUAUCGUUGUAUUGGAACUUGGGUCACAGACCCAGGCCCAAGCAUUUGCUUAUUAGCACACACACACACACAAACACAUACUUGAUGGUUUUGUAGCCCACCCCCACUGAAGCUCCGGCCUGGGUUUCAUUUGGGCGGGGGCCUGGUGCUGUGAGGAUGGGUCUUGGCCCUGAUAUUGGCCCAGGCAUUGUGGGGGACCAUGGAGGAAGCAAAGAGGCCCAGCCCCACCCCAGGACUUGUGUCUGUGCCCCAGUGUGACACCCCACUUCCCUGGCCCAGGCCCAUGAGAUGGCAGAGGGACAGCGUGGUGGGAAGAGAAACUAGAGUUAGGUUCCUCUUUAUAUACAGCCAGCUUUAGUAAAAGAAAUGCCAAGGGAGGACUUUAUGACAAAAGUCCCUCCUAUGAAGGCAGGAUUCCUCCAGAGACCCUUUAAGCAGCAAAUUUCCCUCGAGCAAUUCUAAUAGGUUUCCAUUCCCACAUCUGCGGUCAACUGAACGUGUGGGCAACAGACGGGUGUCUGAAGAGAGGCUGGUUCCCUACCUCCAGUCCCCCAAAUUCUCUUCCUGCUGGUCUGCUCCUCUGCCCAGAUCCCUCACCGGGGCUGACUAAGAGGUGGGCACUUUGGGGAGACCUGGACCAGCCCUUGGCACAGCAUCCUGCCUGGCCCCCACCCAGGGCAUCCAGGUAGAAAUGUGAGACUUGGGGCACAACAAGCCAUGUGGCAUGGGAGAAAGAGUGCCCAAUGCUAUUCUGUGUUCAGUCCGAGUGUGCCCUUGGGAACCUGACCUCAGUUUCCCCUUGUGUAAGAUGGAGAUAGUGGCCGGCUCUGCCCACCUCAAAGGGAUUACUGCAAGGGUCAUGGGAGAGGUGGGUAUGAAGGGGGGCUCACAAAUUCGGGGUGUGGUCAUGGCCUGCCCUGGAGAUCCAGGAGCACUCGGGGGAUGAUUGUUGGAUGGACCGUCUUCCUAGGACAUCUCUGCUCAGUGUUAGGGUCUAGCCACAGAUGCCGGGGGAGGGGGCUGCAUCUUCCUUUCCAUUGGGAGCCGGCACUUAGCCUGGUACUGUGUGUGGAUCCUGGGUGUGAGGAGUGACAGGUGGCGGAGACUGGUCUCCAGGUCUGUGGCCCUUCUGUUAAGUGAUUCUUUUGUGACACCCUUAUUCCUGGGUCACCUGCCAGGUUUAUGUGUUGUACCUGUGGCAUUCCUUAUUAUGUCAGAUAAGUUAUUACGGUUUAUUCAACUCUAACAGGACAAAUGAAAAAAAGAACCAUAAAUAGGAGCCCAUUAAAGGUCUUUUAUGACAGAU